AAUAGUACACUCCACGUGAGGGAACAGGGCCAAUAUUGACGUGAAGGCUUUCGGAAGUAGACGUCUGGAUUACACUCUUUUUACCGUUGAGAUUGCAAGAUAUCCGAAUCGUUUCUUCGAAUAAUGAGCGAUAUUGUAGAGCUGCAAAGUCCUGAUGGAGAUCAUGCAACUAUUCAACUUCACGGUGCAACUGUGACGUCAUGGAAGUGCAAAGGACGGGAAAUGCUGUUUGUAAGUGAAAAGGCGGUUUUUGACAAGAAGAAGGCGAUCAGAGGCGGAAUUCCAGUAGUGUUUCCAAACUUUGGACCAUGGAGUCUUGGGCCUCAGCAUGGAUUUGCCAGAACUAGCCAAUGGCACAUCAGCCAACAUCCAAAGGAAGAGAAUGGUGAAACAAGAGCAGUGUUUUCUCUAGAGGACAGUGAAAGUACAAGACAAAUGUGGGAUUAUAAGUUUAGGGUUCUGUAUGAAGUGACUGUGGGAAAGCAGCAUUUAAAAACCACCAUCACAGUUGAAAACAAAGACGAGAAAGCCUUUGCCUUUACCACCCUUCUACACACUUAUUUACGAGUUCCUGAUGUUACCCAAACUACAGUUUCUGGAUUAAAGGGCUUAAACUAUGUUGAUAAGGUUCUUGGUGGAAAAACAUUCACAGAAAGCAAUGAACCUGUGAAAAUCAAUGGGUUUACAGAUAGGGUUUACCAGAACUCUCCAAGUGAACACAAGAUAACAAAUGUUGGCUCUAAAAAUUGUCAUGUAACUCUCUGGAAGGAAAAUUUUCCAGAUACAGUUGUGUGGAAUCCUUGGGCUCAAAAGGCCAUUUCAAUGGCUGAUUUUGGAGAUGAUGAGUAUCCCAAUAUGCUAUGUGUUGAAGCAGGAUAUGUCAGCAAGCCUUUUGUACUUGAGCCAGGAAAGAAAUUUGAAGCCCAGCAAACAUUUUCAUGUUCUUGUGUUUAGCCUUGAAUUUUCAUACAAUAGGUAGUGACCAAAAUCAAGUUAGAAAUGAAAUUAAUAGGUAGCUCUGAUAGCAUUAGUGCAGUUUGAAAAUAAACUACUACCAAUAAAAAAUGUAGGGAUGGUAAAAGAUAAGACUAAUGAUAGAUGUGGGUAAACAGGAAGAUAGGAUUAGGAUAUUUUUUGUGAACUAAUAGAUGUAAUGACUUUUCUGUACUCUACCUGUUUAAAUCAAUUUUAAAAGGAUAGGGAUUGUUUUUAUCAGUUUAUAAGGGUAGUCAGAGUAUAAUAUACUGUAAACCGUUUUUCUAAUGUAGGGCUAACACUCCAAUCAUCAGCUUUAGAAAUCCUUCAUGGGGGCCAAUUUACAUAAUUAACUCAGUUGAAAAAAAAAAUCUCUGUUCAAACUAUGUACUGUUAUACACCAAUAUGAGUGAUGAAUUUUUUUUCUUCAAAUCAAGAUUGUAUUCUACAAGCUAUUCUCAAAUUUCCAAUACUCUCAAAAAUUUCAUGUCUAGGUGUAUAAAACAAAGUAAAAUAUCAGCCUGGAACUACUAACAAUAACUGUUCAAAUAGACUAGAAGUGUGUAGAGCCAAUGAACUGAAAUCCAAACAACAACAUCGAUCUAUUUGUGCAUUCAGUUAAAAUCAUACGUCACUAGAAAACUGUUACAAAGACAGUUUCCUUGCAUUGUAUAAAAAUAAUUAAACAGUAAAAGAAAUUGCAUUCUAAAUGGAUAUUCACAAUGGUAGUAAAAUAAAAAAUGUUAUUUAAUUACCCUGAAAUAUUGAAUAACAAGGAUAUAAUAUCGGCUUAUAAACUAAGGAUACCAGCUGGGAAAAAAGACAGCUUGCUGCUGCAAUGUUGUGUGUUAUUUCUAAUAAAAAAGUACCCUUGGA